GGGCCAGACGGAGAGAGACGGAGGGAGGAGUACAGGAAGCUGCUGUCACCGAACAUCUGAACAUGGGCGAGAUCUAAUAACACCAUCAACCACAGCUUCUCUCUCUACUGUUAACCAACCUACUGCUAUACCUGUAUUAUCAUCAUCUACCGGAGGAACUGAACCAGAGGAGUGAAGAUGUCUCGGGGAGUGAUCCAGCCCAGCCAGCAGAAGCUGGCAGAGAAGCUCACCAUCCUCAACGACCGAGGAGUCGGGAUGUUAACCAGAGUCUACAACAUCAAGAAGCAAGGACAAGUUUGGAAGGGAUGUCACGAUACUUCGGUACCAAGUCGAAGCCAAAAUUCGGAAAAGGCGUGUGGCGAUCCCAAGGCUAAGCCCUCCUAUCUCGUUGAUAAGAACUUGGAGUCUGCGGUUAAAUUUAUUGUCAGGAAGUUCCCUGCUGUGGAGACGCGAAAUAAUAACCAACAGCUGGCUCAGCUGCAGAAGGAGAAGUCAGAGAUCCUGAAGAACCUGGCUCUCUACUAUUUCACCUUUGUAGAUGUCAUGGAGUUCAAGGAUCAUGUGUGUGAGCUGCUGAACACCAUCGACGCCUGCCAGGUCUUCUUUGACAUCACGGUGAACUUUGACCUGACAAAGAACUACCUGGACCUGGUGGUGACGUACACCACUCUGAUGACGAUACUGUCUCGCAUCGAGGAGAGGAAAGCCAUCAUCGGUCUGUACAACUACGCCCACGAGAUGACGCACGGAGCCAGUGACCGGGAGUACCCCAGGUUGGGCCAGAUGAUAGUGGAUUACGAGAACCCGCUGAAGAAGCUGAUGGAGGAGUUUGUUCCACAUGGAAAGUCCCUGUCGGAUGCGUUGAUCAGUCUUCAGAUGGUUUAUCCUCGGAGGAAUCUGUCUGCUGAUCAGUGGAGGAACGCCCAGCUGCUCUCUCUCAUCUCUGCUCCCUCCACCAUGCUCAAUCCUGCUCAGUCAGACACGAUGCCGUGUGAAUACCUGUCACUGGACGCUAUGGAGAAGUGGAUCGUUUUUGGUUUCAUCUUGUGUCACGCGGUGCUGAACAGCGACGCGGCGGCGUUGUCUCUGUGGAAACUGGCGCUGCAGAGCUCCACCUGCCUCUGUUUGUUCAGGGACGAAGUCUUCCACAUCCACAAGGCUGCAGAGGAUCUGUUCGUCAACAUCAGAGGGUACAACAAACGCAUCAAUGACAUCAGAGAGUGCAAAGAACAGGCCCUGUCUCACGCAGGCUCGAUGCACCGAGAGAGACGCAAGUUCCUCCGAUCGGCUCUGAAGGAGCUCGCCACCGUUUUAGCCGAUCAGCCCGGACUACUGGGUCCUAAGGCGUUGUUCGUGUUCAUGGCGUUGUCGUUUGCCCGUGACGAGAUCAUCUGGCUGCUUCGACACGCCGACAACAUCCAGAAGAAAAGCACAGACGACUUCAUAGACAAGCACAUAGCAGAGUUGAUCUUCUACAUGGAGGAGCUCAGAGCUCACGUCAGGAAGUACGGUCCGGUGAUGCAGCGGUACUACGUCCAGUACCUGUCUGGGUUUGAUGCUGUGGUGCUGAAUGAACUGGUGCAGAACCUGUCUGUCUGUCCAGAGGACGAGUCUAUAAUCAUGUCUUCAUUUGUCAACACUAUGACCUCUCUCAGCGUCAAACAAGUGGAGGAUGGAGAGGUGUUUGACUUCAGAGGAAUGAGACUGGACUGGUUCAGACUGCAGGCCUACACCAGCGUCUCUAAAGCCAGUCUCGGUAUCGCCGAUCACAAGGAGCUCGGUAAGAUGAUGAACACCAUCAUCUUCCACACAAAGAUGGUGGACUCUCUGGUGGAGAUGCUGGUGGAGACGUCCGACCUGUCCAUUUUCUGCUUCUACAGCCGUGCGUUUGAGAAGAUGUUCCAGCAGUGUUUGGAGCUUCCCUCUCAGAGCCGACACUCCAUCUGCUUCCCUCUGCUCUGCACACACUUCAUGUCCUGCACACAUGAGCUCUGUCCCGAGGAGCGUCACCACAUAGGAGAUCGCAGCCUGUCGUUGUGUAACAUGUUUCUGGAUGAGAUGGCCAAACAGGCCAGAAACCUCAUCACUGACAUCUGCACUGAACAAUGUACACUCAGCGACCAGCUGCUUCCGAAGCACUGUGCGAAGACCAUCAGCCAGGCGGUGAACAAGAAGAGCAAGAAGGCGACGGGGAAGAAGGGCGAGCCGGAGAGAGAGAAACCGGGAGUGGAGAGCAUGAGGAAGAACAGACUACUGGUCACCAAUCUGGAUAAACUCCACACGGCGUUAUCUGAACUCUGCUUCUCCAUCAACUACGUUCCCAACCUGGCGGUCUGGGAGCACACGUUCACACCGAGAGAGUAUCUCACCUCGCACCUGGAGAUCCGGUUCACCAAGUCCAUAGUGGGGAUGACCAUGUACAACCAGGCUACCCAGGAGAUAGCCAAGCCCAGCGAGCUGCUGACCAGCGUGCGGGCCUACAUGACGGUGCUUCAGUCCAUAGAGAACUACGUCACCAUCGACAUCACCCGGGUCUUCAACAACGUCCUGCUGCAGCAGACGCAGCACCUGGACAGCCACGGGGAGCCCACCAUCACCAGUCUCUACACUAACUGGUAUCUGGAGACGUUGCUCCGUCAGGUCAGCAACGGACACAUCGCCUACUUCCCCGCCAUGAAGGCCUUCGUCAACCUGCCUACAGAGAACGAGCUGACUUUCAACGCUGAGGAAUACUCCGACAUCUCCGAGAUGCGUUCUCUGUCUGAGCUGUUGGGACCGUACGGGAUGAAGUUCCUCAGUGAGAGUCUGAUGUGGCACAUCUCAUCACAGGUCGCUGAGCUGAAGAAACUGGUGGUGGAGAACAUGGAGGUGUUGACCCAGAUGAGGACGAGCUUCGACAAACCAGAACACAUGGCCGCCCUCUUCAAGAAACUCACCUCCGUGGACAGUGUGUUGAAGAGAAUGACCAUCAUUGGAGUGAUCUUGUCCUUCCGCUCGCUGGCUCAGGAGGCUCUCAGAGAUGUGUUGUCCUGUCAUAUUCCCUUCCUGGUCAGCUCAGUGGAGGAUUUCAAGGACCACAUUCCCAGAGAGACGGACAUGAAGGUGGCCAUGAAUGUCUACGAGCUGUCGUCAGCAGCAGGUUUACCCUGCGAGAUCGACCCGGCUCUGGUGGUCGCUCUGUCCUCACAGAAAAGUGAGAACAUCAGCCCAGAGGAGGAGUAUAAGAUCGCCUGUCUGCUGAUGGUGUUUGUGGCGGUUUCCUUGCCGACGCUGGCCAGCAACGUGAUGUCACAGUACAGCCCCGCCAUAGAAGGCCACUGCAACAACAUCCACUGCCUGGCCAAAGCCAUCAACCAGAUCGCUGCUGCUCUCUUCACCAUCCACAAGGGGAGCAUAGAGGACCGCCUCAAAGAGUUCCUGGCUCUGGCCUCGUCCAGCCUGUUGAAGAUCGGACAGGAGACGGACAAGAUGACGACGCGCAACAGAGAGUCGGUCUACCUGCUGUUGGACAUGAUUGUGCAGGAGUCUCCCUUCCUGACCAUGGACCUGCUGGAGUCCUGUUUCCCCUACGUCCUGCUGCGAAACGCCUACCACGCCGUCUAUAAACAGAGCAUCAGUGCUAACGCAUAGACACACAAUAGACACUUCGUCUACCAUCAGAGCGCCGAUGCUCGUAUAUAUAGACACACACACACAGCAACAAUAAACACACACUAACGGCAUAAACUAAAUACAAACUAAACACACUAAACUAUGCCUACAAUGCCUCAACGUACUAUUCAGACAAAAUAAAAUCACUCUAACUACAGAACAAACGCACUAAACGCCAAAAGAACGUACAAAAAAACACACCCACAAUUCAGUGCACCAAAACCCUAAAUUCAAUAUGAACAGAAACACACACUAGCUGGAUGAAGUUGGGGGAUCAGUGUCUUUAUUUUAAUCAUUGUACUUUUUCAUGAUGUUGCCAGGGACCAUUACCAUAGCAACUCGUAAUAUACCAGAUGUUUGGUUGGUAUAAAAGAACAAAAAUAUAAAUAUAUAGUAUAUAUAUAGUUGACACUAAAAUAUUAUUUUCUUUUUUCUUUUCUUUUUUUUUUCGAUGAAAGAUUUGAGAUUUUUAGUGACAACUUCUAUGUGGUGGAUUUGGAUGCUUAUUUUGGGAAUGCAAUGAAAAAUGAUGUGAUUUAGUUUUUUUUUCUUUUCCGGAGGAGGAUUCCUGUUGAUAAUGAAAGACUUGUUGCUUGUUAAUGUAAGUUUACACUUGUAUACACACACUGACAGACAUCCUGAGCAGAUAUAUAUACGACAUACACACUAAUCUCUCAACAUUUCAUAGUGAACACAAACACUCUCUCUCUUGUAUAACAUGGUGAUGUUUUCUUUCUUUUUUCAAGCUAGUCGUAACUUGAACUUUUUUGUGGGUAAAGAUAUAAUAUCUGUAUUCUACUUUGAUGUGAAACUGAACUCGUCUGUUUUUAAUGUUUAUGUUUUUGUUAUUUUUAUGACGAUUUGCCAAAUGUGUUGACACUAAAAGUUGUGUAUCAGGGCUUGGAAGUGGUUGGAGUGUUUGGGGUGUUAAUAAUGUUUGGACGAUGGGGAAAACAAGGCGCCUGACUCUUCCGGCAGCUCGGUUAACAGAACGGGGGGUUUACACACAACCUUUUACAGCGGGAACAAACUUUAAAUAAAGUACUGCAGUAAUACUA